UUUCAUUCUCGUUCUAAUCUUUCCAUGCCCUCUUCGUAUGUUUCUCUCAGGUCACCAUUGAAUGGCCAUUAUACCACUUCACCAACUCUUUCUCCACGAGAUUCACGCGACUCAGAAGAUUCUCUAAGGAACCUCGAGAUUUCGGAAGGUCCCCUUGCCGCACCGCCGUCGUAUGGACGAGGGCGAUCAUAUUCUGUCAAUGGAUUCGAUUUCCAGCAAGAUCUUCUGCCUCUAAGUGCGAGCUUGACAGAUCCUGAACUGGUAGCCAGUGAAUCCGGCGACAAGAAUAUAGGGUUGCUCAAUGGGAUUGCUCUUGUCGUUGGACUUCAGAUAGGAUCAGGAAUAUUCUCGUCACCGGGUGUUGUGGUUGCGAAUACGAACACUGUUGGUGCAAGUCUGGCCGUUUGGCUCGCGUCUGGUCUAUUAGCAUGGACUGGAGCAAGUAGUUUUGCGGAACUGGGAUCCGCAAUACCGCAAAAUGGUGGCGCGCAAGCCUAUUUAUCGUAUGCCUAUGGACCCCUCAUCUCGUAUCUCUUCGCGUGGACUGCCAUAAUCGGACUUAAACCUGGUGGUAAUGCAGUGAUCAGCCUUAUUUUCGCAGAGUACAUCAAUCGGAUAUUUUGGCAUACUACGCGGUCUGAGGUAUCGCCGGAUGAUAUUCCUGACUGGGCCAUCAAACUUACUGCAAUAGGCGCAGUAUUGGCUGUAACUCUGUUAUGCAUCUGGACGCGUAAAUUGGGUGCCCGUGUCGCAGUCGUGUUCACUAGCGUAAAAGUAGCCGCUUUAAUCUCGAUUACAGCAUUAGGCAUAAUUCAGCUCGCUCGCGGAAGAGCCGCGGAGUCUUUCAAGAAGCCAUGGUUUGAAGGAUCCAGCAAGAGUCCGUCUGCUUAUUCGUUAGCGCUCUACUCGGGUCUAUGGGCUUUCGACGGCUGGGACCAGGCAAACUAUGUGGGAGGGGAGAUGCAUAAUCCCGAAAAGAAUAUUCCUCGGACUAUACAUUCUAGCAUGGCUAUCGUCACGGUGUUAUUUCUACUGGCCAAUAUCUCCUACUUUGUGGUUCUAGAUAAGGAUCUUGUCGGUCUGAGCAAUACAGUUGCCAUGGACUUUGGACGGGCAUUGUUUGGACCCAUAGGAGGGACUGUUUUUGCCUUUAUGGUAGCAUUCUCAUGUUUUGGUGCUCUAAAUGGAUCAUUCUUCACAUCCUCACGUCUCAUUUACGCCGCCGGUAGAGAACGGUAUCUUCCUUCUCUUUUUGGGCGACUGCACACGACUAGGAAGACCCCUUUGAAUGCCACGUUGUUGCAAACAGCCAUUACUACCGCUUUCAUCCUUGUGGGCGGCGGGUUUCGUUCUCUCAUAAACUUCUCUGUUGUUGCGUCGUGGGGAUUCUAUUUUCUCACUGUUCUGGGACUAGUUAUUCUACGGGUGAAGGAACCAGCGCUAGAAAGACCUUACAAGACAUGGAUAAUAACACCGUUGAUAUUUUGUGCGGUCGCAUUGUUUCUCAUUUGCAUGCCAGUUAUCGCUGCGCCAUUACCCGCAAUCGCAGUUCUAGGCUUUGUGGUUGCCGGCAUUCCCGUGUACUACAUCACACACCGAAGAGAUAAAGAUUCACUACGGAUAUUUGCUUGGAUUUAUCCUUGUUUUGACCGGUUACGAGGAGGACCACGCGCAAGCGAUGGUUGGCAGGCGGUAGCAACCGAAGGAGACGAGCAGAUGGAGAUGGUUGAAGGACGAGGUUCUCACCGAUGACCCUGGUUGUAUAAUAUAUAUAGAGGCUUAAUGACGGAUAUUUGUGGGCGAGAAGGUCCUCCGUAUGUCGUAUCACAUUCACAGGGGUACGCUGUGAUUUGCUCGCAGUUUCCCCGUUCCCGACAAUGACCCUGAAACGAUGCGUCCGUCGUACCCAAAGAAAGUGCUGGCAUGGGUACAAUCCUGAUAUAUGCCAUGGACAUGAUUCGUAAUGUGACGAUUCCGAAUGCGGGUCAGAUCGAUGACGCGAUCUGAUGGUGAGUCUG